AUGGACCAUGUCCGCAGGAACUCCAUGUACAAAGCUCUGGAUAAGGGGGCGAAAAAUAUCCCUCCUGCUGAUGGCUACCUUUGUGUGCGGCUGCUUCAAGCUGUGUGUAAACCCUCCAUACACACAGACCACGCGUCACUACUUACUGAGGUGUCCCUGGUGUUGGGAAGGAUGGGAGCAAGUGGUUGGACCGUUCUGUAUCUCAUGUCCUUUAUAGAGAAAUUAGCAAAGAAAAACACCUUUGAUCACAAGGCCAUCAGGAAGUGGUCAACACGUAGUGUCCUCGAGACCCUGAAGGAGAAGGUGGAUCCUGUUGGGUGGCUCCCUGGGCAGAAUGCCUCAUCACCAGCACUUUCUAACAACCACCAAGACAUCACCUGGCUGGUGGUGAGAAGGGCACUACCUGUGGGAUCCUUUAUAUUAGUGGACGACAGAUGUGUGGUUCAGCCAGAAGCUGGAGAUCUGGCCAAUCCGCCAAAGAAAUUCCGAGACUGCCUUUUCAAAGUGUGUCCCAUGAACCGGUACUCAGCGCAGAAACAGUUCUGGAAAGCAAAGCAGUCGAAACAAGGCAAUACCGAAGCUGCACUGUUGGGAAAGUUACAGCAAGCAGCAGAACUGGAGCAGAAACAGAAUGAGAUAGAGAACAGGAAGCUGCUCGGGGAGGUGGUGAAGUAUAGCAAUGUUGUUCAGUUACUGCACAUAAAAAGCAACAAAUACCUCACAGUCAACAAGAGGUUACCAGCCCUCCUGGAAAAAAAUGCAAUGCGAGUCUCCUUGGACAUUUCUGGCAAUGAGGGCUCCUGGUUCUACAUUCAACCUUUUUGGAAGCUGAGGAGCGAAGGUGACAAUGUGGUUGUGGGAGAUAAAGUGGUUUUAAAUCCGGUCAAUGCUGGACAACCGUUACAUGCCAGCAAUCAGGAAUUACUGGAUAACCCCGGCUGCAAGGAGGUGAAUGCAUUGAAUUGCAACACAAGUUGGAAGAUUGCUCUGUUCAUGAAACACAGUGAUUAUCGGGACGAUGUCCUUAAAGGGGGUGAUGUGGUGAGGCUGUUCCAUGCGGAACAGGAGAAGUUCCUCACCUGUGACGAGUACAAGAAGCAGCAACACAUCUUCUUGAGGACCACCCUGAGGCAGUCCGCUACCUCUGCGACCAGCUCCAAAGCACUGUGGGAGAUUGAGGUGGUGCACCAUGACCCAUGUCGAAGUGGAGCUGGACACUGGAACAGCCUGUUUAGGUUCAAGCAUCUAGCGACGGGGAAUUACUUGGCUGCUGAGGUGAAUCCAGACUAUCAGAAUGAUCAACUGGAGUCAAAGGGAGUGAGUGACGGGGACGUGUUACCGGCUAAAAACAAACGCCAGUUAGUGGAGAAGAUCAUGUACACGCUGGUGUCGGUGCCUCACGGAAAUGAUAUUGCAUCACUCUUUGAACUCGACACCACCACCCUCCAGAGAGCCGACUCCCUGGUCCCCAGGAACUCCUAUGUGAGGUUGAGACAUCUCUGCACAAAUACCUGGGUCACCAGCAGUAACAUCCCUAUAGACAUCGAUGAGGAACGGCCAGUCAUGCUGAAGAUUGGAACGUGUCCGACCAAAGAAGACAAGGAAGCAUUUGCAAUAGUCUCUGUGCCCCUCUCAGAAGUCCGAGACUUGGACUUUGCCAAUGAUGCCAGCAAGGUGCUAUUUGCCACGGUCCAGCGGUUGGAGGAUGGCACCAUUACUCAGAACGAAAGAAGGUUUGUGACAAAGCUGUUGGAAGAUUUGGUUUUCUUUGUCGCUCAUGUGCCUUGCAAUGGUCAAGAUGUCUUGGAUGUGGUUAUCACGAAACCAAAUCGGGAGAGACAGAAGUUAAUGAGGGAACAGAAUAUCUUGAAACAGAUCUUUGGGAUUUUAAAGGUCCCUUUCAUAGACAAAGGGGAAGGGCCAAUGUUGAGACUGGAAGACCUCGGAGAUCAGAGAUACGCUCCGUAUCGGUACAUAUUACGGCUCUGUUACAGAGUGCUUCGGCACUCUCAGCAGGAUUAUAGGAAGAAUCAGGAGUACAUUGCAAAGAUGUUUGGCAUCAUGCAGUCCCAGAUUGGAUACGAUGUGUUAGCAGAGGACACCAUCACAGCCUUACUACACAACAACAGGAAGCUGCUGGAGAAGCACAUCACAGCGAAGGAGAUUGAAACUUUUGUCAACCUGCUGCGAAGGAACAGGGAGCCCAGGUUCUUAGAUUACUUGUCAGACCUUUGUGUGUCCAACAACAUUGCUAUCCCAGUCACUCAGGAACUGAUCUGCAAAUUCAUGUUGAAUGCUUCCAAUGCUGACAUCCUCAUUCAAACCAAGCUGUUAUCAAACCGUGGGGAUUUGAGUAUUGAAAACUCCUUGCUUGAAGAUGAUGUUGAUGAGGAUGAGGUUUGGUUGUACUGGAUCGAUGGAGACAAAGAGCCACACGGCAAAUCCAUACGGCAGCUGGCUCAGGAAGCAAAGGAGGGAAACCAGGAGGAUCAGGACAUUUUAACGUACUACAGGUACCAGCUGAACCUUUUUGCGAGAAUGUGCCUCGAUCGUCAGUACCUUGCCAUCGACCAGAUCUCGACACAGCUGGGAGUGGAUCUCAUCCUGCGCUGUAUGUCGGAUGAGAAUCUCCCGUACGAUCUGCGGGCUUCUUUCUGCCGGUUGAUGCUGCACAUGCAUGUGGACCGCGACCCGCAGGAAUUGGUCACCCCGGUGAAAUACGCCAGGCUGUGGACCGAAAUCCCAACCAAGAUUACAAUUCACGAGUACGACUCAGUGACAGACAUCUCCCGUGACGAUAAAAAGAACAAGUUUGCUCUUACGGUGGAUUUUGUGGAGGAGUACCUUAAAGAUGUUGUGACUCAGCCAUUCCCAUUCGGAGACAAGGAAAAGAACAAGCUCACUUUUGUGGUGGUGAAUUUAGCCCGGAACUUAAUCUACUUCGGGUUCUACAGCUUUAGGGAGCUUCUGAGGCUAACACGAACACUCUUGGCCAUCCUGGACUGUGUCCAGAAUCCUACACCAUCAUACUUGGAAAGACUCAGCAAGUUUCAGGAUGGAGGGAACAACGUGAUGCGAACGAUCCAUGGAGUGGGCGAGAUGGUGACUCAGAUGGUGCUGAGCCGAGGUUCCCUCCUGCCUGGUGUUCUGCCAGACAAUCCCGACAGCCAGGUCCGCAGCGCUCCAGGGAAACAGCCGCACGCCCUGGACACCGAGGAUGUGACCGUCAUGGAUACAAAGCUGAAAAUCAUCGAGAUCCUGCAGUUCAUCCUCAGCGUCAGGCUGGACUAUCGCAUCUCCUACAUGCUGUCGAUCUACAAGAAAGAAUUUGGAGAGAACAAUUCCGUUGACUCCUCAGCGGGUUUAUUGACGGAAACCACGGUACCAGACCUCGAGGGAAUUGGUGAACAGGCUGAGACAAUGUUUGCAGGAAGCCAAGAGAAAAACCCAGUGGAGCUGGAUGACGAAGGAGGGAGAACGUUUCUGCGAGUGCUCAUACACCUGAUUAAACACGAUUAUCCCCCGCUUGUGUCUGGUGCCUUACAGCUCCUCUUCAAACACUUCAGUCAGAGAGCAGAGCUCCUUCAAGCCUUUAAACAGGUCCAGUUGUUGGUUUCCUCUCAGGAUGUGGACAAUUACAAGCAAAUUAAAGCAGACCUGGACUUGUUGCGGUUAACAGUGGAAAAAUCAGAACUGUGGGUGGAAAAGAGAGGAAGUUACGGCGGCAGUGAGACCCAGACUGAAGGAGCAGACGAUGUGAAAUCUGAGGAUCCCGGAAUUCUGAGCCCUGUGCAAGACGGCAACAAGAAACCGCAAAUUGAUAUCAACAGUAGCAACAACUACAGGGUUGUGAAAGAGAUCUUGAUCCGGCUCAGUAAACUGUGUGUGCAGAGCAUGAGGCGGGGCAGGAGUCAGCAGCAGCGUUUACUGAAGAACAUGGGAGCCCACGCUGCGGUGUUAGAUCUUCUGCAAAUCCCAUACGAUAAGAUGGACAACAAAAUGAAUGAAAUCAUGACCUUGGCCCAUGGUUUUGUACAGAAUUUCUGUGCAGGCAAUCCACAGAAUCAGGUCUUGCUCCAUAAACAUCUGAGCUUGUUUCUUACACCUGGUCUGUUGGAGGCAGAAACCAUGCGACACAUUUUUCUGAACAACUAUCACCUCUGCAACGAAAUCAGCGAGAGGGUGGUCCAGCACUUUGUGCACUGCAUCGAGACGCAUGGUCGACAUGUUCUGUAUUUGAAGUUCUUGCAGACCAUUGUUAAAGCAGAUGGAAAGUAUGUGAAGAAAUGUCAAGAUAUGGUCAUGACUGAGCUGGCCAAUGGGGGAGAGGAUGUGUUGGUGUUUUACAACGAUCGUGCAUCGUUCCCUCACCUUCUGCAAAUGAUGGCGUCGGAACACGACCGGAGCGACGAAAAUGGAGCCCUGAACUACCACAUCACCCUGGUCGAGCUGCUCGCUGCCUGCACCGAGGGCAAGAAUGUGUACACGGAAAUUAAGUGCAAUUCCCUGCUCCCCUUGGAUGAUAUCGUGAGGGUGGUAACCCACGAGGAUUGCAUCCCUGAGGUGAAAAGAGCCUACGUUAAUUUUGUGAAUCAUUGUUACGUGGAUACAGAGGUGGAGAUGAAAGAGAUUUACACCAGCAACCACAUUUGGAAACUCUUUGAGAAUUUUGUGGUCGAUAUGGUUCGGGUUUGCAACACCACAACAGACAGGAAACACGCCGAUACUGCGUUGGAGAGAUAUGUGACAGAUACAGUCAUGAGUAUCAUCAGUGGCUUCUUCAGUUCUCCAUUCUCUGAUAACAGCACGAGUCUACAAACACACCAGCCAAUAUUUAUUCAACUGCUGCAGUCUGCCUUUCGAAUUUACAACUGCACUUGGCCGACUCCAUCGCAGAAGUCUUCAGUGGAGUCUUGUAUUAAGACCUUGGCUGAAGUUGCUAAGAGCCGAGCGAUAGCGAUCCCUGUCGACUUGGACAGCCAAGUGAACACCCUGUUUUGGAAGACCCACUCCAACAUGGUACAGAAGGCCGCGAUUGGUUGGCGAAUGUCUGCUCGCAGUGCGCCACGCUACAAAGACCCAAUCGGUGGAUCGACCUUCGACUACAGGAAUAUUAUAGAGAAGUUACAGGAUAUAGUGUCCACCCUUGAGCAACAGUUCCAGCCCAUGGUGCAAGCUGAGUUUUCGUUGCUGGUUGAUGUCCUGCAUCGUCCAGAGCUGCUUUUCCCAGAUGGAAGUGACGCUCAACUGGGAUGUGAAAGUGGAGACUUCAUGAGCAAACUGAUUAAUCAUUCCAAAAAGCUGAUGGAUAAAGAGGAGAAACUGUGCAUUAAAAUUCUUCAAACUCUGAGAGAAAUGCUCAAUCGGAAGGAUGACUUUGGAGAAAAGGGCACAGUUUUAAGAAAGAUCCUUCUGAAUCGCUACUUUGGGAACCUUCGGAGUGUCUAUAAAGGAGAUGGACACAGCGGCAGCAUUAAUCCCCCAUUAACAGCAGGGGGUUACUCCAAGUCUACACAACCUGGAGGUGGCAGUUCGUUAGACUCGGACAAGUGUAGGAUCUCUGUGUUUGAGAUCCAGUGUCACCUUGACCAAGCUGGGGCCUCGGAAUUGGUCACUGACCUCAUCACCAACACCAAGAACUCCAGCAUCUUCGAAGAGAGCAUCAUGCUAGGCAUCGCAUUGCUCGAAGGAGGGAACACCCAGAUCCAGUUUUCAUUCCACCGGCAACUCAACAUGCUAAAGAAGUCGGAGAAGUUCUUCAAAGUUUUAUACGAUCGCAUGAAACUGGCCCAACAGGAAAUAAGGGCAACGGUUUCUGUUAACACCAAUGACCUGAGCUGUAAAAAGAAGGAGGACGAUUACGAUGUUGUGACACCCAUCAACAGGAGAAGAGUGAAGGAUCCAUCAUACCACCUUAAGGAGGGAAUGAAAGGCCAAUUGGCAGAGGCCUCAGUUGCCACAUACAAGGCCUAUUAUAUGUACAGGAGGGAGAUGGAUCCCGAGGCUGAUCUUUUGCCUGUAGGGAGUGAGGGCAUCGCGUCGGAGGAGAAGUCUAGCGAGGAAGAGGUCAUGAGCCCUGCGAUCGCUAUCAUGGAGCCCAUUCUCCGGUUCCUGCAGCUGCUCUGUGAGAACCAUAACACAGAACUACAGAAUUUUCUCCGGCACCAAAACAACAAAACCAAUUACAACUUGGUGUGUGAAACGCUGCAGUUUAUGGACUGUAUCUGCGGCAGCACCACAGGAGGACUUGGCUUGCUGGGGCUCUACAUUAAUGAGAAAAAUGUCUCACUUGUCAACCAGACUUUGGAGACGCUGACUGAGUAUUGCCAAGGACCAUGCCAUGAGAAUCAGACCUGCAUCACCACCCAUGAAUGUAACGGAAUUGACAUCAUUAUCGCACUGAUCCUGAAUGACAUUAACCCUCUCAGCAAGUACCGAAUUGACCUUGUCUUACAACUAAAGAACAAUGCUUCUAAACUUUUACUUGCCAUCAUGGAAAGCAGACAUGACAGUGAAAAUGCAGAAAGAAUUCUCUACAAUAUGCGACCUAAAGAACUGGUUGAUGUUAUAAAGAAUGCUUACAAUCAAGGUGAGGAGGUUGAUAAUGACGAGACUUCAGAGGACUGUAUCUCACCAAAGGAUGUUGGCCAUAACAUUUAUAUUUUAGCUCAUCAGCUUUCACAACACAACAAGCUGCUACAACAGGAGCUCAAGCUAUGGUCUAAGCCACAGGACAAAGGCAGUGAAGCUUUAGCACAUUAUGCGAAUCACACUGCACAGAUUGAGAUAGUGCGACAUGACCGAACAAUGGAGAAGAUAGUCUUCCCUGUGCCCAGUAUCUGUGAAUAUCUCACAGACGAGUCCAAGACUAAGGUGUUUAGCACCACAGAACGAGACGAGCAGGGCAGCAAAGUCAAUGAUUUCUUCCAGCAAACUGAGGAUCUUUACAACGAAAUGAUUUGGCAGAAGAAGAUUAAAAAUAACCCAGGCUUGUUUUGGUUCUCAAAGAACAUAUCGCUGUGGGGGACCAUUUCAUUCAAUUUUGCAGUAUUUAUAAACCUAGCUGUCGCACUUUUUUACCCCUUUGGGGAUGAUGGUGAUGAGGGUACCAUCUCUCCGCUGUUUAACCUGCUGCUGUGGAUAGUGGUGUUUGUUUCCGUUGGUUUGCUUAUAGUCCUCCCAAAACCUCAUGGAAUAAGACUGUUUAUUGUAUUUGUAAUGUUCCGGUCUAUAUACUCACUUGGUCUCGGGCCUACUCUCAUACUCUUGGGUGCUCUAAAUCUAUGCAAUAAGAUCGUGUUCUUGGUGAGUUUUGUUGGAAAUCGUGGAACGUUCACCCGUGGUUAUAAGGCGGUGGUCAUGGAUGUGGAGUUUUUAUACCAUGUGACCUAUGUGGUGGUCUGCAUGCUUGGCCUUUUUGCUCACGAAUUCUUCUACAGUUUCCUGUUGUUUGACUUGGUCUACAGGGAAGAAACGUUACUCAAUGUCAUAAAGAGUGUCACGAGAAAUGGUCGGUCCAUUAUACUGACAGCAGUGCUGGCCCUGAUCCUUGUUUACCUGUUCUCCAUCGUGGGGUUCCUCUUCCUGCAAGAUGACUUCAUUAUGGAAGUGGACCGACUGGAGAAGAACAAGACACCUCUAACAGCACAAGAAAACCUCUACGGCCCACCCUUGAACAAGGAGGAGGAUGUGUGUCAGGAGAACUGUCCCAUGUUACCUAAUGCAGCAGGAGGCCAACAGGAUGACGCAAGUUCUGAACAGACCUGUGACACUCUGCUCAUGUGCAUUGUUACAGUAUUAAACCAGGGGUUGAGGAAUGGGGGUGGAGUUGGUGAUGUGCUGAGAAAACCAUCAAAGAAUGAGCCCUUGUUUGUCGCACGUGUUAUCUAUGAUCUUCUGUUUUUCUUCAUCGUCAUCAUCAUCGUCCUGAACUUGAUCUUUGGUGUCAUCAUCGACACGUUUGCUGACUUGAGAAGUGAGAAACAGAAGAAAGAGGAGAUCCUCAAGACCACUUGUUUUAUCUGUGGACUUGAAAGAGACAAGUUUGAUAACAAGACCGUGUCCUUUGAGGAGCACAUCAAGGUCGAACACAAUAUGUGGUACUAUUUAUAUUUCAUAGUCUUAAUCAAAGUCAAGGAUCCGACUGAGUACACUGGACCUGAAAGUUACGUGGCACAAAUGAUCAUGGAGAAAAACCUGGAUUGGUUCCCACGGAUGCGUGCCAUCUCACUGGUCAGUAAUGAAGGUGAUAGUGAACAGAACGAAAUCCGAAGUUUGCAGGAUAAGUUGGAGUCAACCAUGAAUCUGGUGAUGCAACUGUCUGGCCAGCUGUCAGAACUGAAGGAACAGAUGACCGAGCAACGAAAGAACAAGCAACGCCUGGGCUUUCUUGGACCAAACACAUCUCAGCUGAACCAUCAAGUGGCUGCAACGCAUUGAGGGCCAAAGGAACUUUGACGUUCGGAACAUGAUUCUGCCAGAUUGCAUUCUGGGGGCAAACCAUGUUGUCAUUGAGGCUAACUCUCAAUUAGAAGAAAAGUGCCUGAAAUAACUGGAUUUGAAGCCAUUUGGAAAGUCCAACACGGCCUACCUUAUUAUCCAUCGCAGCGAUGUUGUCCACAACUUCCAAACAUAGCCUUCCCACUGGUGUAUUCCUGCCAGCUUCCCUGGCAUUCCAAUUGUCUUCAUAAUCCUAAUCCACUUUCCCACACUUCACAUUCAUCAUCAAAACACUCGACGCUGUUGUCUCACUUCUAAUUGCAAGAUAGUGGAAUUAUUUUUUAUUUAUUAAUCCACGGGAUGUGGAUAUCACAGGCUAGGCCAACAUGUAUUGCCCAAGUGGGCAGUUAAGAGUCAACCACAUUGCUGUGGGUCUGGAGUCACAUGUAGGCCAGACCAGGUAGGGACAGCAGAUUCCCUUCCCUAAAAGAACAUUAGUGAACCAUGAUGGAUUUUUCAGUAGAAUAUUUUUUUUGGCCAUUGUUAUCCUUUUUCUAAUUCCAGAUCUUUGAGUUCUAAUUCAACCAGUUGCCAUGUGGAUUUGAACCUGGGUCCCCAGCUUACUAGUUCUGUGACAAUACCACUAUACCAUUUAUUCAUUUUUGGGAUGUGGGCAUUGCCAGCAUUUCUUUCGCAUUCCCAUUAAGAAAGUAGAGUGGACAUCUUUGCUAAUCCUUUGUGUGGCAGUGGUAGGAUUACGAAGGAAUGUGAAGGAUUUUGACCCAGUAAUGAUGAAUGAACGAUAACAUAUGACCAAGCCAUGAAAAGUGUGAGAACUUUGGGGGCGGGGAACAUUGAGGUGCCCUUGCCCUUAGUUGGUGGUACAGAUCAUGGGUUUGGGCAGUGCUGAUAUAGAAGCUUUGGCAAGAUGCUGUAGUGUAUUCUGCAUGUGGUAGGCAAUAUACUCCUGUUGCAUGGUAGUGAAAGAUUAAGCUAAAGGUUGAGGUGCCAUUCAUCUUUGCUGUCUAUUGGAAAGUAUUCAGCUUCUUGAGUGUUGCUGCUCUUACUGUCAUCCAGUCAAGUAGAAAGAAUGCCAUCAUAAACCUUACCUGUACCUUCUCAGUGAUGCAGUUGGUUUAGGGAAUUGUCAGGUUAUCUGUUUACCAAUGAAUUUCCAGCCUCUGACUUGCUCUAGUAGCCAUGGCAUUGAUAUGAUUGGCCAGUUGAAUCUCGGGUUCAUAGUGACUACCCGAAUGUCGAUGGUGGGGGGAUUUGGUGGUAGUGAUGCCAUUGAAUAUCAAGGGGCGAUUGUUAGAUUCUCUCUUAUUGGAGAUGGUCAUUGCAUUGCCCUAGGGUGGUACUAAUGUUACUUACUGAUUACCCUGCCAAACCUGAGAGCUGUCAGGGUCUUGCUGCAUAUAUACAUGGGUGUUUCAGUAUCUGAGGGGUUGUAAGUGGUACUGAACAUUAGGCAAUCAUCAAUAAAGGAGUUAUUAGUGAAUUAACUGGAACUGGAUGAGUCUAGAGGAACUCCUGCAGCAGUAUUCUAGAGCUGAGAUGAUUGACCUCCAACUACCAUUACCAUCUUCCUUUGUACCAGGUAUGACCCUAACCAGCAGAGAGUUUGCCCCCUGAAUCCCAUUGACUCCAGUUUUGCUAGGGCUCCUUGAUGCCACACUCAGUCAAAUGCAGCCUUUAUGUUAAGGGCUAUCACUAUCAUCUCACCUCUGGAAUUCAGCUAUUUUGUCCAUGUUUGGACCAAGAUUAUCAUGAAAUCAGGAGCCAAGUCGUCCUGUCAGAUUCCUUCUAUCAAUAUCUACCAGAGGAGAAUUACUUUUGAACAUCUGCCAGAGGAGUAUACCCUGUGCAUUUCACAAAUUUGGUGGUGUUAGCUUCUUACUUGCCAUCAAUCUCAUGUACCAUCAUAGGGUCAGUACACACUAUCUUCAUAGUUGUUGUGGUGAGCAGCUUGGAGGGGAACUUGCAGGGUUUGGUGUUCCCGUGUAUCUGUUGCCUUUAUCUUUCUAAAUGGUAGUGAUUGUGCACCAGUGGUGGAGGGUGAGUGUUGAAGGUGGGGGAUUCAAUAGGAAACAAAUUUGUCCUGGAUGGUGUCAAGCUUCUUGAGUGUUGUUGGCAUUGCAUUUAUGCAGACAAAUGGAGAGUUUUUCGUCAAACUUACUUGUGCCUUAUAGAUAGAUUUAGGGAGUCAGGAGGUGAGUUGCUUCCUGCAGGAUUCCCAGCGCAACCCCCCCCCUGCCGGUCAAAGAGUGAUUUCACAUUGUGUUUGUUGAAAAGGUUGAGUUAAUUGAGUUGAAUUGUAAAACAGCAGCCAUGAAGGUCCUGUAUCCAACUUGUAAACUUCUAGUUCCUCCUCUGUAUGGAACAUCCCAUAAUUAAUUGUGAGACAACACUGAGUAUUUUGGCCAGAAUGAAUGGAAUCUAUGCACCAGUCACAUGUUGCCAAAUAUUUGAUUCCUGGGGCAACUGGAACAAAACAAAAUGAGUAAUUUCAACCAAUGUGUGAUUUCACAUGAUGUAUAUUUGAACUGUGGUGGAAAGCCUAUAUUGCGAAAUAAAAUGAUUCAAUUCAAAAGGAGAGGGAGGCAAGUCAAAGCAAUAACAAGGAGUACUUCAUACUUUGGGAUUGAAGAACAUAUCCAGUUUGGGAUUAUCCAGAAUGCUGGGAAUUACACUGCCAAGUUCCCAGCCACAUAUCUUGACUAAAGUCACUUUUGUUCUCUUAAAACCAAUUUGAAUGUAUCUAACCUUUUGAAAUUGUUAAACUUGCGAAGGUACUAGAGCAAAAAAAAUAUUUUUAUACUCUGAACCAAUUGUACUUCAAAGGGUGUAUGACAUUUAAAGGUCGAAUUUUGUAUACUAAUGGUGGCAAUCACUGAGAUAUUUUGCUGCACCAAGAAGCGAAAAUGGUUUGAUUUUCUUUUUUUAAAUGUGGUAUUUAUAUAGUUUUAAUUUGAAUAUCUUGCAUGAACUGCAAAAUAGUGGCAAGGCAAUGCAAAUCUCCAUUUAAAUCAUAAUUUGUCAGUCUUUCUAACUGGCUUUCACUUGUAUGCCCUUUUAAAAAGAGGGGAAGUCUCAACUGGUCCUGACUGGAUGAUGUGUUUAUAUCUUAAACUAAUAAAGCUUAUCUUUUUUUAAGUGAA